GAGUGGCGUGUGGCACUCAUGUGACCCCAGUGAUGGUUAAAAGCACCGGCGAGCAUCCACGAGCUCAGCGGGUGACCUGAGCGUCUGUUCGGGGUGUUAUGAUGUCUCUGUACCGGAACUCAGCAUGGUUUCUCAAAGGACUCACCGAAUUCACCAAGGGGGGAUUCGUGUCGGCGUCUAAAAACUUUGUGGAGAAAGACCUGGAGACCUCGAUGGCUGGCCGAUCCUUCAUGAUCACUGGAGCAAACAGCGGCAUCGGUAAAGCGACUGCCAUGGCCAUCGCGAAGAAAGGUGGUACCGUCCACAUGGUCUGUAGAAAUAAAGACAAGGCAGAAGAAGCUCGAGCUGAGAUCGUCAAAGAUUCUGGAAAUAAAGAAAUCUAUGUGCAUAUUUUGGAUCUGUCUGAAACCAAGAAGGUUUGGGAGUUUGCCGAGUCUUUUAAGAAGAAGUACAAAACCCUCAAUGUUCUGAUCAAUAAUGCUGGCUGCAUGAUGACCAAGAGGGAAGUUAAUGGUGAAGGAUUGGAGAAAAGCUUCGCCAGCAAUUCCCUGGCCGUCUACAUCCUCAUCAAGAGCCUCGUUCCUCUGCUGGAGAAAAGUCCUGACCCCAGAGUCAUAACAGUCUCAUCAGGUGGGAUGCUGGUGCAGAAACUGCGGACAGGAAACUUGCAGUCUGAAAGGGGGCGAUAUGAAGGCACUAUGGUGUACGCACAAAACAAGAGGCAGCAGAUUGUGAUGACAGAGCAGUUUGCAAAAGCUCAUCCCAACAUACAUUUCUCUGUGAUGCACCCAGGCUGGGUCGACACGCCAACUAUUGCAAACGCAAUGCCUGACUUCCACAGCUCGAUGAAGGAGCGUUUGAGGACACCAGAGCAAGGGGCCGAUACGGUCGUGUGGCUCGCUGUAUCCGAAGCUGCUGUCAAGAAUCCCAGCGGGCGUUUUUAUCAGGAUCGACGGAUGGUGUCAGCUCACCUUCCUUUGGCCUGGACGCACAGUUCACAGCAGGAAGAUCAGAAGUUCAUGAGCGUGAUGGAUGACCUUGCCAAGACCUUCCAGUCUCACUAAAUCUCUCCAAUACAAAACACUUGCAAGUUGCAACACAAGUAUAGAUGUAGACAACUAACACACAGUCCAAUAUAGUGUUUAACUGUCUAAUGAGUAAAAGCAGUGUGGAUGUAGGCUACUUACAAUAAAAACCUCACAUUAAACCUUUAACAUCUGCCGAUAGAUUAAAUGUCCUCCAGAACUCUGAAAGUGUGAAGGUGUGAAAAACCUCAAUAAAUUUAAAAUCACGCUUU